AUGGCUCCACCUAUACUUUCCUCUCCUGUUUUGAAAGGUGUUCGUGAGGAUCGCAUGCGUGGCGGCCGCAGUAGACGCAGCAGGUCUAUAUCCUCACCUACUCCCGACGGUGUAGGUACUUUGGGUUACAGUUCGGCCGCUGGUACCACCACCUCCACUGACAUCGGGUUUCCCUACCUAUUGCCGUCAGCAUCCAGUAACAAUCCCAGGGGAGCCGACAACACCGUGCCUUCCAGCGCUGGGGGACCUGUGGUGGGUCAGGGCCCUGCAACGGACCCCCUGUCUGCUGUCCGCAAUCAACUGGACCCCAUUCGGUCAACCUCCUGUCCUGGCCAGUCAAUGACUGAAAACCACGGACAACAACAGCAAUUCCCUUGGCAGCCUCCACCGUCCCAACAGACUCAUAUCGCCCCUGGUAGCAACCCCCUCUCAUCACUCUCCUCAGGGUGA